AUGACCCUCUCCCAACAGCAAUACACACUCGAGAUACUUGAUCGCGCGCACAUGCUGAACUGCCACCCCAUUUCUACGCCCAUAGACACCAGCUCUAAACUUUCUGCUCGGGAUGGUACGCCCUUCUCCGAUCCAUCCUUGUACCGGAGCUUGGCCGGAGCCCUUCAGUACCUCACAUUAACCCGUCCAGAUAUCGCCUACGCCGUGCAACAAAUAUGUCUGUUCAUGCACACCCCAAUGACAUCCCAUUUUCAACUGAUCAAGCGAGUGGUAUGUUAUCUGAAAGGAACCUCUCAUUACGGGCUUCAGUUCUUCAGAUCAUUGUCGCAUGGCCUUCUGGCAUACAGCGACGCCGACUGGGCGAGCUGCCCCAAUAAGCGCAAGUCCACUUCAGGCUUCUGCGUGUUCCUCGGUAGCAAUCUUGUGUCAUGGUCAUCCAAGCGCCAACCAACCGUGUUUCGAUCAAGUGCUGAAGCAGAAUACAUAACAGUCGCCAACUGCAUCGCCGAAUCAUGCUGGCUCCGAUAG